GUCUAAUACCACUGGCUCUGCAUUCUGAGUAACACAUCCCACUUGAGAGAUUGGAAGCUAAAGAAAAGAAAGCAGAAUGCAGAAUUUUGUAAAUUUUUUUCUGGGGUUUUUUAUCUUCAAGUCUGUUGGAGCUGCAUCCAUCACUGAUACUGUAAUUUAUGAUUCUGAGUUCUAUGACAUACCACUUGGAGAGCUGCCUCAGCCAUUUGUCUAUGAUGAAAAUGAGCAGUCUGAUCAACUAAAGGCAGAGAUUGGGACAGCACUACCUUCUAUAAUUCAAGAGAGUUAUUCUUCUGCAUCAUUGACAGAUGAACCUGAGGAGGAGGCAUCAACGCCAAAAUUGAUUGAUGGAUCCUCAGCACAAGGAUCUGGGGUUCUUGGACCUCAAACUCAAGAUGGUCUUUCCACUUGUCUUUUAUGCACAUGCCUAGGAACAACAGUCUAUUGUGAUGACCACGAGCUUGUUGCCAUUCCACCGUUGCCUAAGAAAACCACACAUUUCUACUCACGCUACAAUAGAAUCAGGAAGAUCAACAGAAAUGACUUUGCUAACUUAAACAAUUUAAAGAGGAUUGACUUGACUGCAAACUUUAUAUCAGAGAUCCAUGAAGAUGCCUUCUGGAGACUGCCCCAACUUGAGGAACUGGUGCUUCGUGAUAAUAGGAUAAGGCAACUCCCUGAGUUACCAUCAACUUUAACAUUCAUUGAUGUUAGUAAGAACAGGCUUGGUCGCAAAGGAAUACGUAAUGAGGCAUUUAAAGAUCUGCAUGAACUACAGCAUCUUUACAUUACUGACAAUAACUUGGAUCAUAUUCCAUUGCCACUCCCUGAAAGUCUCCAAGCUCUUCAUCUUCAGAACAACAAUAUUCAAGAGAUGCAUGAAGACACUUUCUGCAAAAUGAAAGACUUUACCUAUGUGCGUAAGGCUCUUGAGGACAUCAGAUUGGAUGGUAAUCCCAUCAACCUGAGUAAAACACCAUAUGCAUACAUGUGUCUACCCCGUUUGCCCAUUGGAAACCUCAUCUAAGCUCUGACAGAAGCCAAUACUAUUGUUAUUAACUCACUGCUACACAAAGCAAGAUGUAUUUUUUCAAUUCUCAUUAACUUGGGAAAUAUUUCUAUUAAUAAUAAAAAUGAUUACUGAGAU